GACACACUGCUGCGCUCACACGUGCGCCCGGAGGUGACCUGGGCCCUCCCUGCCUCGCCAGCCCUGGGGUGCUGGGCUGCAGCAGCUCGGGGUCAGACUGCGCGGGGCCCGCGGGCUUAGGCCUGGGCCGCGCAGUCCCAGCCAUCCCCACCAGCUCGGCCUCGGCUCCCGGGAGGCGGCGCGGCGCGGCAGACUGAGCAUGCGCAGUGGGCAGGGCCGGCUCCCGGCACUGGAAGGAAGAGUUCGCAGCGACCCCGGCGGCUGCGCCGGGCUAUGCGGUACCGGCUCGCGUGGCUGCUGUCUCCAGCGCUGCCCAGCGCCUUCCGCUCGCUUGUUGGUUCCUGCCGGCCGCCUCUAGAGCGUCUCUGUGGUUUCCAAAAAAAAAGUUACAGCACAAUGAAUAAUCCAGCUAUUAAAAAACUAGAAAAUCACAUUAUCAAAUCUCCUGAAGACAAACGAGAAUACCGUGGACUAGAAUUGGCCAAUGGCAUCAAAGUACUUCUCAUCAGUGAUCCAACCACAGACAAGUCAUCAGCAGCACUUGAUGUGCAUAUAGGUUCAUUAUCAGAUCCUCCAAAUAUUGCUGGCUUAAGUCACUUUUGCGAACAUAUGCUAUUUUUGGGAACGAAGAAAUACCCUAAAGAAAAUGAAUACAGCCAGUUUCUUAGUGAGCAUGCAGGAAGUUCAAAUGCCUUUACUAGUGGGGAGCAUACCAAUUACUAUUUUGAUGUUUCCCAUGAACACCUAGAAGGUGCCCUUGACAGGUUUGCACAGUUUUUCCUGUGUCCCUUGUUUGAUGAAAGUUGCAAAGACAGAGAGGUGAAUGCAGUUGAUUCAGAACAUGAGAAAAAUGUGAUGAACGACGCCUGGAGACUCUUCCAAUUGGAAAAAGCUACGGGGAAUCCCAAACACCCUUUCAGCAAAUUUGGGACAGGAAACAAAUACACUCUAGAAACUAGACCAAACCAAGAAGGCAUUGAUGUAAGACAAGAGCUACUGAAAUUUCAUUCUACUUAUUAUUCAUCCAACUUAAUGGCUAUUUGUGUUUUAGGUCGAGAAUCAUUAGAUGACUUGACUAAUUUGGUGGUAAAGUUAUUUUCUGAAGUAGAGAACAAAAGUGUCCCGUUGCCAGAAUUUCCUGAACACCCUUUCCAAGAAGAGCACCUUAAACAACUUUACAAAAUAGUACCCAUUAAAGAUAUUAGAAAUCUUUAUGUGACGUUUCCUAUUCCUGACCUUCAAAAAUACUAUAAAUCAAAUCCUGGUCAUUAUCUUGGUCAUCUCAUUGGACACGAAGGUCCCGGAAGUCUAUUAUCAGAACUUAAAUCAAAGGGCUGGGUAAAUACACUUGUUGGUGGACAAAAGGAAGGAGCCCGAGGCUUUAUGUUUUUUAUCAUUAAUGUCGAUUUGACUGAGGAAGGAUUAUUACAUGUUGAAGAUAUAAUUUUGCACAUGUUUCAAUACAUUCAGAAGUUACGUGCAGAAGGACCUCAAGAAUGGGUUUUCCAAGAGUGCAAGGACUUGAAUGCUGUUGCUUUUAGAUUUAAAGAUAAAGAGAGACCACGGGGCUAUACUUCUAAGAUUGCAGGAAUAUUGCAUUAUUAUCCCCUAGUUGAAGUGCUCACAGCUGAAUAUUUACUGGAAGAAUUUAGACCUGAUUUAAUAGAAAUGGUUCUGGAUAAACUCAGGCCUGAAAAUGUCCGGGUUGCAAUAGUAUCCAAAUCUUUUGAAGGGAAAACUGAUCACACAGAAGAAUGGUAUGGAACCCAGUACAAACAAGAAGCUAUACCAGACGAAGUAAUUAAGAAAUGGCAGAAUGCUGACCUGAAUGGGAAAUUUAAACUACCAACAAAAAAUGAAUUUAUUCCUACAAAUUUUGAGAUUUUAUCAUUAGAAAAGGAAGCAUCACCAUACCCAUCUCUUAUUAAGGAUACAGCUAUGAGCAAACUCUGGUUCAAACAAGAUGAUAAGUUUUUCUUGCCGAAGGCUUGUCUCAACUUUGAAUUUUUCAGUCGCUACAUUUAUGCUGAUCCUCUCCAUUGCAACAUGACAUACCUGUUUAUCAGGUUAUUGAAGGAUGAUUUAAAAGAGUAUACAUAUGCAGCACGCCUCUCAGGUUUGAGCUAUGGCAUUGCAUCAGGAAUGAAUGCAAUACUUCUCUCCGUGAAAGGUUACAAUGACAAGCAACCAAUUUUGUUAAAGAAGAUUAUUGAGAAAAUGGCUACCUUUGAGAUUGAUGAAAAAAGAUUUGAAAUUAUCAAAGAGGCGUAUAUGCGAUCUUUGAACAACUUCCGAGCUGAACAACCCCACCAGCAUGCUAUGUACUACCUCCGCUUGCUGAUGACUGAAGUGGCAUGGACGAAAGAUGAAUUAAAAGAAGCUCUGGAUGAUGUCACCCUUCCUCGCCUUAAGGCCUUCAUACCUCAGCUUCUUUCACGGCUGCACAUUGAAGCCCUUCUCCAUGGAAACAUAGCAAAGCAGGCUGCAUUAGGAAUUAUGCAAAUGGUUGAAGACACCCUUAUUGAACAUGCUCAUACAAAGCCUCUCCUGCCAAGUCAACUGGUUCGAUACAGAGAAGUUCAACUUCCUGACAGAGGAUGGUUUGUUUAUCAGCAGAGGAAUGAAGUUCACAAUAACUGUGGCAUCGAAAUAUACUACCAGACGGACAUGCAGAGCACUUCAGAAAAUAUGUUUCUGGAACUCUUCUGUCAGAUCAUCUCUGAACCUUGCUUCAACACCUUGCGCACCAAGGAACAACUGGGCUAUAUCGUCUUUAGUGGGCCACGUCGAGCCAAUGGCAUACAGGGCUUACGAUUCAUCAUCCAGUCAGAAAAGCCACCUCACUAUCUAGAGAGCAGAGUGGAAGCUUUCUUAAUUACAAUGGAAAAGUCCAUCGAGGACAUGACAGAAGAGGCCUUCCAGAAACACAUUCAAGCAUUAGCAAUUCGUCGACUAGACAAACCAAAGAAAUUAUCUGCAGAGUGUGCUAAAUAUUGGGGGGAAAUUAUCUCCCAGCAAUACAAUUUUGACAGAGAUAAUACAGAAGUUGCAUAUUUAAAGACACUUACCAAGGAAGAUAUCAUCAAAUUCUACAAGGAAAUGUUGGCAAUAGAUGCCCCAAGAAGACAUAAGGUUUCUGUCCAUGUUCUUGCCAGGGAAAUGGAUUCCUGUCCUGUGGUUGGAGAAUUCCCAAGUCAAAAUGAUAUAAACUUGUCAAAAGCACCACCCUUGCCACAACCCGAAGUGAUCCAGAACAUGACCGAGUUCAAGCGUGGUUUGCCACUGUUUCCCCUUGUGAAGCCACAUAUUAAUUUCAUGGCUGCAAAACUCUGAAGUUUCCCCACAGGUGGAAAAGUGCAAGUGAAUGCAUUCCUGAGUCUUCCAGGGGCCAGGAGAAUAAUCUUGGCCACUUCAAUAGUUUCUGGUUCACUAUUAGAGAGACAAACAGAAAAAAAAUUCAGAUGUCAUUAUGUAGAAAUAUCAAAGAUCCAAAGUAAUUAAAUCACAAAAUCGUAUAGGUGUAGAAUAUUUUUGAAAUACAUGCCUCCUAAAUAUUUAAUUUUUUCCUUUUCAUCCUGAAGAGAAAUUUUUCUUACAUAACAAUACUUAAGAUGAUAUUCCUGUAGAAUCUUCCCUUUGCUAUAAAAUAGUCAACUUGUCAGAAAAUGCUUCAAAACAUUUAGAAAGAUAGACCUUUUUAAAAAAAAUUGAUCCUCAGAUUUGCUUUCUAUUUGAUGGUUUCAUAUAAAUCAGUGGAGAACAUUACAUUUGGCAGGUAAUGAACAAAACAAUGUCAUUUCCUUUUAUUAUAGUGAAAUUGAUGAUUAUACAAGGCAUGGUUUUAAUCUUUUUAUAAAAUUUGAACAUGUUUUUUAUUCAAACUAUAAAAUGCUGGAAAACCUUAGAUUACCCUACAGUGCUAGAAAUACAGACUUAAGACCUUACAUCAAUUUUGUCCCAAACUGAAUUUCUCAGGAUUAUUGUAAUUUGUUUCUUUCUGAUUGAAUUAGAUUAUUGACAUUCUCGUAGUUGGUUUGCAGUGUUUCAUCAGUUUCACUUUUCCCAUCAACAUGUUGCUGUAUUUAUUUAACAAGAACAAAUAAGAGUUAAUUUUAGGUUCUACUGAGUGUGUGACAUGCUUUUUCAACAUCAGCUAUUUACUAUAAAAUACCAAGAACUUUAUACUGCCAUGAAAUUACUUCCAGAAUGUGAACCAAAAUAUUGCCCCAUUAUGAAUUUAAAAGACAAGUACAUAGCCACCCUUUUGGAGGUACAAAAAAAAAAAAAUGAAGCCUUGGGAUCUUAAAUAGUGAUAUCUGUAAGACUCUAAAAUCCCUUUUGCUACCAGUCUAAUCUUGCCUUAAUAUUAUGUUGUUUUUGAAUAUAUAAACAUACAAAUACAGACUGACUGGAAUGGACUUUUAAAAAAUAUUUUUUUCAUGAGAUACUAUUUUAGAUGAAAUUGUUACUGUGGAUUUAAUGACUUUUGAAAUAUUUACUGUUAUUAAAACUUGCUUCAAGGAAAAUUGUGAAUAUACUUUCACAUACAGGUACUAAUAACAGUAAUGGUUUGUUGCCUGUUCCUCAGGCAAAGUCUAGAAUGGCCUUUUCAAAUGACAUUUCACCUCCACAUGAGUUGAUUUGCCAGGACUUCUUUCUGUAAAGUCAUCUCUCUCUUCAUGGCCUAAGUUUUCACAUUUGCCACUUUCCAAAUCUAAAUUUGGGGCAAGAAUGAUAUAAUAUCACAACUGUGGAGGCUGCGUUCAAAAGCAGGGCUCCAUUUCUACUAUCAGAUAAAUGUGGUGCUGUAACUGUUUUUUUAUCCCUACCUUCGGGGGCUUCUUUCUCUGAAGCCUGUCCAUUAGAAGGUAGAUGAGUCAUCACUCCUUCUGAUUUUAGGCAUUUGUAGACUAUGCAGCUUUUCACCAAACUGCAAAUAUAUAUGAUCUAAAUUUAGCCGUGAGUGUCUAAAUCCACCACUGUAAGAGUAAAUAAUCCACCUAUCUUUUCUGUGAAAAAUUAUGUGCUAUUACUGAGUAACUUUGAGCUUUUCUUUUUUUUUUUUUAAAUAGGUGAAAUUUAAUAGUGUCAUUUUAGUGAGAAAGGCACUUGAAGAAGUCUGAAGGAGUCUCAUGUAGUCUUCCAGGAACCUGUGAUUACUGUCAGUGUGCUCCAGCAUUGUCUGGUUUCCAAACUGGGUUGAGAGCUACUGUUGAUCACUCAGGCAUACUAAUGGAUUCAUUUAAAUGGGUCCAAGCUGCAGUCCAUGAGCAAUAACAGACUACCCCGGACACUGCUUUACACAGUGCUUCAUAAAUGAGAUUUGUGGAACAAAUUAACUUAUAUGUUACCAGUGAGUUUUUAAAAGUCCUUUUUUUUUUUUUUUUGCUAGUUGAUGUGGAAGAAAGAGCAUGUGACACAGCCAGUAAGGUGGAGUGCUAGGGUAACCCUGUUUACAAUAAAAUGCCUGAAUUUAA